AUAAAGAGAUAGGAAGCUUAAUUGCCAGAGAGAGAGAGAGAGGGUUGCUUGGAAAUAUUCUCUUUAGGAUAGAGUGAUAUUCUUUGGUGUUUUUGUGUUGAAAUCAAACAAAGCCUCCAACAGAUCUCUGUGAGCAAGACGUCGAAUUAAGUCAUUCUUGUGAGUUGUAUUCUUGUGGUGUGUUUCAAAACCUUAUUAGAAAGUAGUAUACUAUAAUUUGUGGUCUUGUUCUUGUGUGUUUUCGUCUCCUUAGUUUGGAAUACUCACGAAAGCAUCCAUCUGUUUGUAUUUGGAGAGCUUGCUUGUUUUACUCUCCUUCUCCCAAAUUACACUUCAUCAAAUGAUGUCUGCUGAUGUGUUUUCUCCCCAAAUAAACCCUAACUCCAAACCCCCCUCUGCUAAAAAGCGAAGAAAUCUCCCCGGCACGCCAGAUCCAGAUGCGGAAGUCAUCGCGCUCUCGCCGAAGACGCUUAUGGCGACCAACCGAUUCAUCUGCGAAAUCUGCAACAAAGGCUUUCAGCGAGACCAGAAUCUGCAGCUGCACAGGAGAGGCCACAAUCUGCCAUGGAAGCUGAAACAAAGAGCUAACAAGGACCAAAUCAAGAAAAAGGUGUACAUCUGUCCGGAGAAGAGCUGCGUCCACCACGACCCCGGCCGGGCCCUGGGCGACCUCACCGGGAUCAAGAAGCACUUCAGCCGCAAGCACGGCGAGAAGAAGUGGAAGUGCGAGAAAUGCUCUAAGAAAUACGCGGUGCAGUCGGACUGGAAGGCUCACUCCAAGACCUGCGGCACCAGAGAGUACAAAUGCGACUGCGGAACCCUCUUCUCCAGAAAGGACAGUUUCAUCACCCACCGCGCUUUCUGCGACGCCCUCGCGGAGGAGAGCGCCAGGGUUGUCGUUACCCCCAGCAAUCUGAAUGAUUUAUGUGGGAAUUUGAUGAACAAUUUCGGAAAUCCAAAUCAGCAGAAGCCGAGGCUGUCGCUUUGGCUGGAUCAGGCUAGCUCUGAUAACAAUUCAAACAUGUUCAUACCUUCAUCAAACGACAUCGUUCAGAUGGCGUCCAACAACCUCUUCACCUCCAAUCCAUCCAUGGUUAACUACGCAAAUCUUUCCUUAUCCCCACUGCAAGGGAUGAUGAAGGAGGAGACCGCAACCGCGACCACGAUGCCGGAUUCUCUCGCUUCAAUCUACUCCAACAGCCACAACUCCGCCACGGCGCUACUGCAGAAAGCAGCACAGAUGGGGUCCACAAAGAGUAGCCCGGCCUUCUUCGCAGCACAGAUGGGGUCCACAAAGAGUAGCCCGGCCUUCUUCGGCAACGCGGUCGGGCUAAUGACCGCGACGUCGUCGUCCAGCGAGCUGCAUCGGGUGUUUGAGAAUCCCGCCGCUAAUAAUAUCAUGAAUUUCAGCAACAGUCUCGGUGGCGCAGCUAAUUUGCAUGGUUUCACGAGGGAUUUUCUCGGCAUGGGCGGAGACGGCGCUGGGCCGUUUCUGCCUCAGGAGCUGGCUAAGUUCGCUUCCAUCACUCCGGCCACCCACUUCACUACCAAUCACUAGCAUUUUCUUUUUGUUUUUUUGUUCAUUUUUUGUUUGUGGCAUAUAUAAAAUAAGCAUAUUGUUGGAGGCCUAAA